AUAAAAAUUAAUUUUAAACGUAUGAACAAAGAAACACACGUGAAUGUGACUUUGUGUUUGAUUGUUAAUUGUUUUAUGAGUAAAUGUGGUGUUUGAUGAUGAUGAUGAUAUUUGUGGUCGUCGUCACCACCAUGGCCGCCUCUCUCACGUCCGGGUCGCGGGGCGAGAGGUCGCGGCCGCACUGUACAAAAGACGUCGCUUCGGCAAUAGCCACCGACGAUCCUUUACUUCUGCUGAGUUUAUGUUUUUAAUCUUAAUUAAGUGCAGUGUUAUUGUUACUCUUAAUAGCGUUGUCGGUAUUGCCGCGCUUGGGCGGACGCGACUUAACGGUUUUUAAAGUUGCCACUUUGAGGGACUUUCUCGACUUUUUUUUUAUUUUCCCGCGACUCGGAAGCUGUCGAUGUUGGAGAUUUGUUAACCCAACUUUUAUGUUAUUUAUGGUUUUUUACAAUAAAAGUUUUAACCGGUAUCGCUGCUGUAUGAGUGUGUGAGGCGGCCAUCGUUUGUUGCAAAUAUCGCGACGGGGAAAAAAACUCAUCACCUGCACCCAAGGAGAGACGACGAUGCCGGGCAAGCGAGGGAGGCCCCCGAAGCGUUCUGCUGUGUCCGUGAGCAACGACAAGGAGUCGUCUUCAGUGACCAUGAAGGUGAAAGAAGAGCCGACAAUGCCGGGCAAGCGAGGGAGGCCCCCGAAGCAUUCUGCUGUGUCCGUGAACAACGACAAGGAGUCAUCUUCAAUGACCACGAAGGCGAAAGUCACUCACCCGUCACACCGGGGUAAACCCGGCGCCGUGCUGGCAAUUGGACAGGGCGACGUGGGUCAGCUGGGAUUAGGCCCGAACGUCAUGGAGCGCAAGAGACCAGCCCUGGUACACAUGCCCGAGCCUGUGCUGCAGGCCGUGGCCGGGGGUAUGCAUUCCGUGUGCCUGGGCAAGAGCGGUAAGGUGUACACGUUUGGCUGCAAUGACGAGGGAGCGCUGGGCCGAAAUACGGUGGAGGAUGUAGAAGAGGCCAUGCCUGGCACAGUGACGCUGCCGGAGCUCGCGGUGCAGGUGUCGGCUGGGGAUAGCCACACGGCCGUCCUCACCGAGUUUGGAUCCGUCUAUUUGUGGGGGACCUUCCGAGACAACAACGGCAUUAUUGGACUGCUGGAGCCCAUGAUGAAAUGUCCCCUGCCCACCAAGCUCACCCUUGACACCCGCAUAGUGAAGGUGGCCUCUGGGAACGAUCACCUAGUGCUGCUGAGCGAGAGCAGACAGGUUUACACCCUGGGCUGCGGGGAUCAAGGCCAGCUGGGAAGGGUCGCGGAAAUGUUCGCCAACCGUGGUGGCAGGAGAGGACUCCUGCGUCUGCUGGUGCCACAGCAGGUGCGCGUCAAAGCCAGGAGGGGGCACAGCCACGUUGAGUUCCUGGACGUGUUUUGUGGCUCGUACUUCACCUUCGCGCUCAGCACAGAUGGCAGCCUCUAUGGCUUCGGCCUCUCAAACUACCACCAGCUGGGAACAGCCAAGCCAGACUCUGCAUUUGUGCCCAACCUCCUCACUUCCUUUGAGAACUCCAAGACGUGGUUGGAGCUUUGUGGCGGCCAGCACCAUUCUCUCUGCCUCGACUCUGGAGGCAAGGUGUACAGCCUGGGCCGUGCCGACUAUGGGCGCCUGGGACUGGGCAAAGGGGCACGUGACGUGGCGAUGCCCACGCUGGUGCCCACUCCCUCGCACAUCAACUCCAUAGCUUGUGGCGCCAGCGUCAGUUACGCCGUUACCAAAGACGGACGUGCCUUUUCCUGGGGCAUGGGCACGAACUGCCAGCUGGGCACGGGCGAGGACGAGGACGAGUGGAGCCCCGUGCAGGUCACCGGCAAGCAGCUGGAGAAGCGGCACGUGCUGGCCGCCUCCAGCGGGGGGCAGCACACCCUGCUGCUCGUCACCGACAAGUGAUGCCGAUCGGCGCUUGCGCCUCCCUUUUGAGACGGUCUCGCUGUGCAAGUCUGCUCGAAGGUUAUUGGCUGGGGGUGGUAAUUUCCCCAUAGAAGUUGUGCGUGUGUGUUGUAUGUGUGUUGCAGGGAGCAGCGGCGUAGUGUUUUAGCACGCUGCACUACUCACCUGACAACCCGAGUUCAAUUCGCUGCUGAUGUCUAACAUAACUUAAGGAUAUCUGAAACCUCCUGCACCUCCCCAAGGUCGACUUGGCCAUAAGUGAAUACCUCCUGCGGUGUGUGAACAUCAGCAAUGCGGGAGACAGGCGGCCAGGCGUGGUUGCUAGCCCCACCAAGCCCUUGUGCGCCCUGCCGGCCUCUGUUCACUAACAGCACUUAUGGCAACAGUGUAUUUGGCUGUACGGACAGGUCUAUAUCUUUACCAAUGUUUGAAAACGAUGGGUAAUUGCUAUAUGCCGUCGUUUCCUCUGUGAUUUGCAAGAAGAACAUUGUUUCAAUCGUUUGUGCUGUUUCCACGAGCAGAGAAAACUAACCUAUAAAUUAUAUGCAAUAUCUAGUGGCAAUUUCGAUUUAAAGCUUUCGUGACUGCAGGGAUUCAUCUUCUUGGUUCUUUCGGUAAAGUCACGUAG